AUGGAGACGGUGCCCAAGACGGCCUCGCUCUGGGCCGGCGACCGCAACACCGGCCACCUCGACGUCUACAGCUGCGUGAGCGGGCAACGCGUCCUUCGCAUCCCGCCCCGCUCCCACGAGCUCGUGUGGGGUGGGGGAAAGGAGAACUCCGGAAACUCCGCGGGGCUAUUUUCCCCCCCUUUCCCUUCCCCCCCACACGCUGAGCGAAAGCUGCUGAUGGGGAUGGGAGGGGUCGAGAAGCCCUCCGCGUUGAAGGCGACCUUGACGCAUGUGUGGGUGGGCUAUGAUAGCGGCAACGUCGCCGUGUACGACCACCUUGUUUUUCGUCUUAUAACAGAGGGCCGCUUUCACUGCGCGGCGGUGGUGAGCUUUGCAUUUUUCACGAACCACACGACGGUGUCCGCCUCUGGGGAUGGGAUGUUGGUGCACUGGAAUCAGGAGGAGCACAGCUUUGAGGCCAUCACGCACAUUAGGGCGAUCGGUAAGGAGGAGAUGAAACCCAGCAACAACAACCUCUCGACGGAGAACCGCCUGACAUCCCUGGCGACAUUGCAGUUGACGAGACAGUACGACACUCCAAACAGGGGCUUGGAUGGCAUCAAAGGAAAGCAUGGGUCGGAUAGGAAAAAAGCCCUCACUAACCUCAUUAUCCUGUGCGGUUUCGACUCCGGUAUCAUCACCGCGACUAGCGUGCUCGACGGUAAUCGAUUUAGCAGCUUGAAUGGGCAUAAAAAACGCAUCAACUCGAUUGUGGUUCUCGGCGAGCUUCUCUUUUCUGCCUCAGAAGAUUGCACCGUGUGCGUUUGGAGCCUCCACCUGUCGGAAUCCAUGCUAGAAAAAAAGCUCUGUUUGGUAAACCGCCUUGUCAAGCGAAUCCCGGUAUCCCCUUCGGCGCGCAGCCUGCUCGCCGACCCUUUAACAAGCAGUAUUUGGGUUGCCUACGCCGACGGUUUGCUCGAGCGAUGGAGUGGCAACCUCAAUGAUAACUUCGGUAUUGAAGAGGUGGUGCGAGAUGGAAUGUUGAAUUCAAUCCCCAACGCUCAACAAAACCAAAGUGAGCUCAAAGACGGCGCUGGCCAGGUUGGCGACAACAAAGGCGGUGAUGGCUCAGAGCAGCAGCAGGUGAUUGGCAUGCUUGCGAUUGGCUCUGUCGAGACGCUGCAAGUGCUCGCGUUGUCAAGCAAUGGGAUGAACAAAACCUGGUAUGGACAGCGAAAUAUCCUUGAAGAAUCCCUUUCGGACUCGAUUCAGGCUUUGAAUUCGGUGAUCUGCGAGGACGCACACGACGCGGCCGUCUGGCGGGAGCGGUUGAAUUCGUUAAAGAAAAAAGAAUUUGAGCGCAAACGAAAGUAUGCCGCGAUUUUAGAGAAUACAAACUGUCAAAAGACUCGUCUUCGCUUCUUCGAGCGCUGGCGGCGUCUUUUACUACAACAUACGUCAAAAAGAGAUCGUCAGGCAACGGUAUCCGAUCUUUCCGCAUUGUCAACGUAUCGCCUUCUGCGUCGUAAUUUCACAAAGUGGGGAAAUUGGCAUGAUCAGCUUGUUCGACGCCGAAGACGCGCCCAUAUCGCGAUUUUACUUAAGGACUCAAACGAGCGCACCCACGCGCUGUCGUACUUUCAACACUGGCGAAUGUUGAGCGCGAAGAAGAAGCUUCGGCGUUUUUCCCUCCAAUAUCUAGACUUGAUUGUGCAGGCCUCGGAAACCCGACUGUUGAGCGUGUACUUUUGCAAGCUUCGCUGCUUUGUUCAGCUUCGAGCCGCACGGAAGGGUGGGCUUUCCACCACAGCCGAUCCUCGCCACGGCAACCUCGCCUCCCCACACUCCCCGCAGUUGUUGGCGGCGCAAAUUCAGCUGCUUUCCGUGAAGGCCCAGCGCCAAGUCCUCCACCGGGCAUUAAGAAAAUGGGUGAGCCUGAGCGAAGAGCAGAAGGAAUCCGUCUUCCGAGGGGCCGCGCUGAAUCGCUACGCGGCGCUUUAUUGUCAAACCCAACAGCAACGCCUCUGCCGAAGUUUAUUCCACACAUGGCGAAGGUGGUGUACGCGGAAGAAGCGCAUGCCGUCCGUACGCGUGAUGGUGACGUUGUUGGAAAAGCGCUGUAGGGCCAACCUGCAAGAGCAAUAUUACCUGCAGUGGUGUGCGCGCCUGCACGCGAGCCGACUUCGGCAAAAUACCGAAGAAGCCAAAGACAUCGAGGCGCGCCUGCUCCAUCUGGAGGAGGACUUCGGUGGGGAUAUCUUCGAGAAGCUCCGCCUGCAAAACCGCAUCAACGUUUUGAUCGACAAGCAAUCCAACACGGAGGUGAACCUCAAACGCGAUCAGGAGCGGCUUCGCGCGUUAACGGCGACCAACCAGGACCUUCGCCAGCGCGCGGCGGAGUUCGAGGGCGCGCACCCCCUGAACCUCACCCACAGCGAAGAGUUUUCCCACCUGAAUGUGCAUUUCCAGUCCUUCCUUCCCCCGUCCACGGCGGGGAUGGGGCCGAUCAGCGCGAACGCGGGGUUUUAUCGUCGGCUGAUUGACCAACAGCGGCUCGCGCCGGGGGUGCUCGCGCAGAUGCCGCUGCCGGACGCCGUCCAUCACGCCAUCGCGCAGCUCAAAGGCAACGUCCUCAACCUCUACACCGACCUGGCGAUUUUCCGCCAAGUCAAGGACCGCCGCCGCGGCGGGAUCAGCGCGGCCGCGAUCUUUCUCGAGGCCUUUGCGGAGAUUAAGCGGUUGGUGGUUUCGAUGGUAAAAACCUCCGCGCGACCCUCUCUUCGCCCACCGCCGGCGGUGGGGAAUGGGGGGGAUUUGGCGGCCCCGUCGUCGGCCGCGAAAGGCGCGCGAUGGGCGAUCAGCCUGGAGAAUUUGGACCGCCUUCCCUCCCACCACUGCGCGGCGGUGUUGAGUAGUAUUAAAACGAUGGUCGUCGCCUACGAUUUGCUCUCCACCAGCGAUGCGGAGCGAAUCAUGACGACCUGCGAGGAGAUGGUGCAAAACACGGAUUGGAUCUUCGUGAUCGCGCGGGCGUGUUAUCUACAGCGGAAGCCGAUUCUACCGGAGAAUAACCGCGCCUAA